AUGACUACAAGAACAAAAGAUAUUUUGAUUGAUGAAAGCGUAAAUUUUGAAGCCUUAAUAACAAAUAAAAAUUUGUUAAAAGGUUUAAAAGUUGCAGGUUAUGAUAUACCUUCCCCAAUACAAUUAAAAGCAAUUCCGCCAGGAAAGCUUGGUCUAGAUGUUAUAUCACAAGCAAAAUCUGGUACAGGGAAAACUAUAGUGUUUGGUAUUAUUUCAUUAGAAAUGAUCGAUUUAACACCUACAAGAGAAAUAGCAAUACAGAUUAAAGAGGUUAUUUGUAAUAUUGGUAAAUAUAUUGAAGGAUUAACCUGUAAUGUUUUUAUUGGAGGAAUACCUGUAGAAGAAGAUUUUCCAAAAUUAAAAAAAUGUCAUAUUGCAAUCGGAUCACCCGGAAGGAUCGAUCUUCUUUUAAGAAAUCAAAAAAUGCCAGCAAAAAACAUAAAAUUACUAGUAUUAGAUGAAGCUGAUAAAUUAAUGGAUCGGAAUUUUUUUUCACAAUCAAAUAAUAAACAAGUUCUUGCAUUUUCAGCAACUUAUGAUAAAUCUUUAUUUAAAAAUCUUGAAAAUUUUGUUCACAAUCCAUAUUAUAUCAUGCUUUCAGAUGAUUCACCGGGCUUAGAGGAGGUUAAUACCUUAGUUGAUAAAUAUUUAUUUUACGAAGAAAAAUUUAAAAAAAUGGCAGAAUUGUUAUCUAAAGUCCCAUUUUAUCAAUGCAUUGUAUUUUUAAAUCAUCGUGGAAGAGCUGUAGAUUUAGCAAAUUAUUUAACAAAUCAAGGGUGGAUGUCAAUGAAUAUAUCAGGUUUAUUUCAAUUUACACCAUUAUUACGUGGUUUGGAUCAGAAACAACGUCUUGAUACAAUGUCAAAAGCUAGAAAAUUUGAAAUUAGAGUACUUGUGUGUAGUGAUCUGAUUGCAAGAGGAAUUGAUAUUGAAAGAGUCAAUUUAGUAAUAAAUUUAGAUAUGCCAAAAGACCCUGAAACAUAUCUUCAUAGAGUUGGAAGAACUGGAAGAUAUGGUACACAUGGUUUGGCCAUAAGUUUUGUUGAUCAAAAUGAAAUGAAAUUUAUUGAGUUAUUAAAAGAAAAUUAUAACAUUGAUGUUCAGCCGCUUUCAAAUGAAUUAUCAAUCAAACAUCAUCAAAGACCUUUAACAACUGAAACUGAUCAAAAGGCAUAUGAAGAAUUUUUAAAUAAAAGAGAAACAAUAAAGACUCAGAUUUCAGAAAUUCCCCCGGUGGAAUUUUCCAAAGAUUAUGAUAAUCAGCAUAAAGAAAAAUCGAUUAAAAAGUAA